UUAAUAUGAGUUUUUUAAAUAUUGAAAGCUUAGACGAUGAAAUCAAAGAGCUGUUAGACAAUUAUAAAUCCAAAAAGGCAACGAUACACGAACCCUGUACACUCAAGAAUUUUAAGGAAUGUUUAAUUGGACUCAGUGAGGAAUUAAACUUCACAAAUAUCAGUUAUGUUUUUAAUCCUCAUGUUGAUAUUGAAAAUAAUACAUUAACCCCAGAAGCCCUAGUGAAACUGAUCAAUUCGAUUUGGAUACUUUUACAACACUUUAAAAAUGUUUCGGAAAAAGUUGAAAAUUUGGAAGUACAAAAUCAUACUCUUGAAAGUAUCAAUAAACAAUUGAAUCACACCAUUGGACGACUAAAGGAAAAACUGAAUAAUGAAAAGAAUGAAGCUAAAGCUUGUGUUGCUUCUGCACAGCGUGUCUCGGAUCAAUCUAAUGAUGUAUACCAACAGCUAUUGGAUUCAAAGAAGAAGUUGGCCCAGUUAACUAAGCAAAAAGAGACAAAUGAAAAGUGCUUACGUACUCAAAUAGCUAGAUUAAAGCUUGAAAAUGAAAAACUUUAUGAUAGGUUAGAAAAAAAAUCAGAUAAAUUUAGUCGAUGUGAUAUUGGUGGCUCAGAACUCACUCAGCUCGAAGAUCGUGAAAGAAAACAGAGAACUAUAAUAGCUCAGCUGCAAGUAAAUAACCAAGAGUUGCUAAGGGAAGUGGUAGCUCUCAAGGAGGAGAUCAUACUUGAAGGAAUUAAUAAAAUUAUAUAAUGUAUAAAUGCCAAAAUUACCAGAAAUAUUUAAUAUCUAACAAACUGAUCUCUUUGUGUGAUAUAAAAGUGUUAUUUAGGUUUAAUCUAAGUUAUAACUAUCUUCUAAGUAAUUAUAUUGUUAAAUAUCUAAUUAAAUAAAGGCUAAUUGUAAUU